UUCUGGUCAGCAAAUACAAAAAUGAAGAUAUUUUCAAUAAUUUUAUUGGCUGCCUUAAUAACCUUUCAGGCUGAGUCAGCAGAUGUAGAAGAAAAUUUAACAGAAGAUUUAAAUGAAGUUUCUACGCGAUUAGAUCUCAAUGGAAACUUGAAAGCAUUUCUUGAAAAACUUAAGGAAACUUUGAAAACCGGAGAUGAAUCUAAAGGAAUUCCUAUAUUAGAUCCUUUGGCGUCCCCAGAAAUAGGUCCACUCAGCGUAGACUGGGAAGACUUAGUAGGAACACUUUUUGUUCAAAGUGUAGGUCUUUCUGGUUUGUCCGAGUAUAUUGUUCAAAAUGCCACCAAAAUAUCAUUAGUGAAACUGAAAGUUGACAUUUCUCUAAGAUGGCCUGAAAUACAGGGAAAUUUGACUGGUUACGAUAUCAACAGCAGGUUGAUGGACUUUGUAAACGUCGUAGGACAAGGAUUCGCAGAGUUCUCUAUUAAGGAUUUCAAUUUCGAUAUUAAAACUACCACAACUAAGAGUAAAGAAACUGGAAAGCUACACAUGGACAUUCUAGGUCUAGACUUCUCUAUGGGAGAUUUUAAGAUUAGACUGGAAGGCCUAUAUGGUGACGAAAUGAUAUCUGAAAUAUUCAGUGGCAUUGUGUCUGAUCUAGUACCUGAAGCAAUAGAAACUUAUAAGGAUUUAAUGUUAAGUGCAAUCAAAAAAUUCACAUCAGAUGCAGUAAAUCAAAUUAUCGGUGAUAUGGCCAUCAGCGAUAUCAUUGGUAUUAUAAACGGUAAAAAAAAUGCGAAAUCAAUAUCUUCCCGAAUUAGCAAUGUAGAUUGGAACCACAACGAAAAUUUGCUAAAACAAAUUAUAGGAGUGUUCAACCACAAGAAUUGAUUGAUCUAAAUCCAAAAAUAAAUACACUAAAAAAUGUAUCUCGCCUCUCCAUAAUUCUCAAUCUUUACAUUACAAGAAAAUUAAUCUUUUGAAUAUUUUUAGUAAUUUCUUUUAAUUUUAUUUCUGUAACUCAACUUUAGGUUGAUGCGAAAUUUCCGAUUAGGAAAAUAAAAAUAAUUUUCAUAAGAUUGAGUAUUUCUGGUAGAGAACGGAUAAUUUUUAACUUAUGAGUUAAAUUUUGUAGUUUUUUUUUCUUCAAAAAACUUUAUUUUUCAUUUAAUUUGCUCUGCUAUAAGAAAGACAACCUGCGAGUUUUCGUUACGCCAAAAAAAUCUUGUAAAAAAUGACACCAAAAUUAUUUAGCCCGCAUAAAACUUACAAAAUAUCUUCUUUAUAUAAGCAAACAAAUUUUUUUAAUUGAUUAAAAUAAAGAAAGUGGGGGUUUCUAUUGAAUUCAACUUUAUCUUCCCGGCUGAAUUUUGAAAAGAUGGAAAAUUUAUUUGAUAUAAAAGUCCAUUUUUUAUUGUAUGAAAUUCUUUUAAAAAAUCGUGCUUAUAUAUAUCAAAAAAAAUAUUCUGUAAGUUUUAUACAAACCAAGUAAUUUUUGUGUUGACGAUCAUUCUUUUUUCGAAAAUUUGAAAAUUUCUUGCAAAGGACGCAGGAUAUUAUGAAAGAGUGAGGAAUUAUUUGUUUACUGUUUCUGUUUAAUAUGAAAAACGUUAUUUUAGUAUUUUGUUGAAUGUGUCGUUUUUACUAGAAAAAUACGAUAAUAUAAUAUAUUUCGAACAAAAAUUUUUGUGGCCACGAAAAUUGUUUUUCGGUGAAAUAGGAAUCCUUUCCAAAUUUUAUAUAAUUUUUAUAUUAUUUCUAGCAGUGAUGAAUAAAGUUUUGUGAUUUUGGUACGAAAAAAUAAAAUUUGUACAUAAUUAUUUCAUAAUUGUUGAUGUUAAUGAAUAAAUUUACUUUUGAUCAACC